AUGCGUCAUGGCGGUAAGAUCUCGCAACUGAUGAUUGUAGGUCCGCUGUGCCAUAGAUAUGUGACGGGACUAGUGGUUGCCAGCGAGACAACGUUCUUCACGAUGCCGAUGUUAGCGGUGAUCAUGGCGAUGCUCCUGCUGCUGUUACCAGUCCAAGGAGCCGAACGACGCCGUCCUUUGUAUCGGCGAGGUUCAACUACAACCACGGCUAGCCCUCUAACAGACGACAGCGAGGGUUCUGAGAGCAAGUUCAAACCUAACGGCAAGGAUCUGUACACUGUGAGCGAUUCCUACCCGGUGUCAGAUGGAAUCGGUGCGAGUGGUCCAGCUGGAAGCUUCAAAUCGGACGGCGAUAAACUCACGUCGUUCUCGGAGUACUCCUUCGGCAGCACGAAGCUUUCUGAUGGCGGUGGUGGUCUAGAUGGUUCUGACGAGGAGACAAGCUUCGGUAGUAGCUUCAAGAACCACAAGAAAGCCUCACUAUUGCCGACGACCAACGCCGGCAGUAAAGACCGCAAGCCUGCAGGUGGGGCCUUCGACUUCCUGAACGGUGACUACGCGAAACCCAAGGUGACCUCCAGUGGUACUCACCUGCUGGACACCUCCUCGCUCGCUGGCAAAUCGAAAGGUGUUCCCUCGUCAAUCUCAAGCAAGUUCUCGAUCUCACACCCUACCCCAAGCAGUAGUAAGGUAGCUGGGAAGCUGGCACAUCUGGACGAUUCCACCGAGUACGACGUGUACGCAGGGCUUGGUCAGACCACUGGCAAAGGCAAGCUGGGCGUGAAUGGGGGCAAGCUACGGGGUAACGCCGCCAGCCCGUUUCCCUCGACCGUCGGUAGCUCGGGAGGGUUCGAGGGUAAGGUGAAGAAGGUGCCGUUCAAGUACGAAGAUGGCGGACUUGCGUCCCUGUCCGGUAAAGGUAGCAAGCAGAAGUCCAAACUCCCGCUUGAUGAGGACACGUUCGGCAGUGGAUCACUCGCAUCCGCAAGCAACCCGUUCCCGGGGUUAGGUGGUUUCGAUAGUGGCAGCUUCGGUGCCGGUCUUAAGCAGCAGCAACAGCAGCAGAUUGGCACAUCCGGUGCCUCGAAGAGCAAGUUCAACUUCGCAGAACCGCCACCACUCGUCAAGUCGACACUCAACACGUUGAAGCAUUUCGGCGAGGGACUGAUAGGUAAUGGUAACGGGGCCGGUCGAGCACCGUACGAGGUUGAAAGUGACGAGAACAGCUACAAGUUCGGCACGUACUUCGGCAAAGGACCCUUCGGUGCUGCGGAGGAGAGUUAUGAGAGCUCCAGCGAGCCGCUAGCGAAAGGUCCUAAAUACCCGAAGCUAGGCGGUGUUGGAACCUCGACUGUCGGUGGCAAGUUUGCCACCGAUUUCGACGUGAAGAACAUCAAGCUGACCGGCGAUGGUGGCGCGUAUGGCACACUCGGGCACAAGCUGCCUGGUACACUGUCCAAGAACACACCGCCUCAUCACAAACACACGCAACCUGUUUCGGCACCACAACAUCACGUUCCCCACCAUCAUCACCAGUACCAUCAUCAUCAACAGCAGCAGCUGCAGCCACAGCAACACCUGCAGCAGCAGCCGCAACAGCAGCAACAGCCACCACACUCAGCCUCGCACGCACACGCGCACACGCUCACCACCACCGGUAGCAUUGACAAUCCUAACCCACUCGACUUUCGGCCGAAGUUUAAAUUACAAGAUGUCCCCAAUUUGUAUCCCGCCGACCAUCUAGGUGCCGGUAUCGCGGCCAAGGGCCAGAUCGAGAACUUCCUCAACUCGGAGCACGCGCUGAAGGACGAGUCGCUGGUGGCGCAGCUGCUCGGUGACGGCAGCCCGGCCUCCCGCCCGCACUACCACCAGUUCCUGAAGUCGCAGGAGGACGAGAAGCUGGAGAAGGAGGCGCUGCGGCAGCAGAUCGAGUAUCUGAAGGCGCAGGCGGCCAAACGCCCGGUUGACGUUGGCAACCCGAACCGACCACCGAUCGUCUCGAAUGCGCAGAAGUUCCGCCCGGUUCGUCGGAUUCCUUCGCACGUGCGAUUGGGCGUGAAGGCGCCUUACCCGCUGCCAAGGAUCCCGCACUACAAUGACCGCCCGUACAGCAUCAGCUUCAAGAUCUAG